UAUCUCGCAAAUUUUUGUGAAACUAUGCAGGCUGAAAUCUGAAUAUAUAAAACGUGAAAUUAGGGUUGUAAAGAAAAACCCUAACCGCGGAGAAGAUCGAAGAACCUCACCUAAUUUUGGAGAGCCGGAGUUGGAGAGAGAGAGAGAGAGAGAGAAGCGACAAUGGAGGCUCAUCAAGCUGCUCGAACUGUAAAGGAUGUUUCACCUCAUGAUUUCGUCAAGGCAUACGCUGCUCAUCUCAAGCGAUCUGGUAAGAUUGAGCUUCCUCCAUGGACUGACAUUGUUAAGACUGGUGUCUUGAAGGAGCUUGCUCCAUAUGACCCUGAUUGGUACUACAUUAGGGCUGCUUCAAUGGCAAGGAAGAUUUACCUGAGAGGUGGUCUUGGUGUUGGUGCUUUUCGUAGAAUUUAUGGUGGAAGCAAGAGAAAUGGGAGCCGCCCACGCCACUUUGGCAAGAGCAGUGGUGCGAUUGUGAGACACAUCCUUCAACAGCUAGAGCAGGUUAAAAUUGUUGAGAUUGAUCCUAGAGGUGGGAGGAAAAUCACGUCUAGUGGACAGAGGGAUCUUGACCAAGUUGCUGGUCACAUUGCUGUUGCUGCUUGAGAAUAGUAUUACAGACAAAUAUCCAAGGAUGGUGAUACAUGGAAGCAUACAUGGCAGUUAUUAUCUGUUAAAUUUAGGGUUGAUUGGUCUGAUGAGCAAAGUAUGUGUAACAAUUUUGUUUGCUGAUGGAUGAAUUAAUUGUCGGAUUAAUUUUUUUUAAUCUCUUCGCUUAUCCUUGAAACACUUUCAGAUAGUAUUUAUUAAGGCUUCUAUGAACGACUUUUACAAUUUUGGAUUAAUAGUAUAAGUACUCAUUAAUUCUAUGCUUAACAAGUUGACUUACACUUCAAUCAUUGUACGCUUUUAAUGCUUUAAUGAAUAUAAUAAUAUU